UACGGGGCGUUGCAUGCGGCGGUUGCAUGGGGCGUUGCAAGUGCCAUGAAGUGUGUGGUAACAAGUGUAUAUAACUACUCUGAGAACACGUGCUCCAGGAGCGGAUGUGUUGUUUGUGUUUAUGUCAAGGAGUGGACCAGGAGUGGUCUGUAUGGUAUGGGUUGUCUGAUACUUCUAUAAAUUAUGCUUAGGUGUGUCGUGUUGGUUUGUUGUGAAAACGUUUGAACGUUCACUCUAGUUGGAGUAGAAACGUGGGGUCACGUUACGUGUGUGUGAAAUCGUAUUGUGUAUAAAAGCAAGAGUUGUCUCCAGUUAAUUGCAUAUUAUGUACAUACGUUACUUACAUUGCAUUUUUUUCUAUUAGUUUAGGAAAAUUGUUGCACAAAAGCAAGAAUUUGAUCUUAGAAGUAAAGCAGAAUACUGUUUUAAUUUAAAUUGUACUUGGACGACCAAAAUCUGUAAAAGAUGCGGAGCCUACAUGAAGUUAAAGGAAUAGUGACACAAAUAAUUCCGGGAAACAAGUGUGUGGUAGCUUUUUCAGCCUUUGGAAGUUCACAAAUGGGUGUUCUUCCUGGAAACAAUUUGAAAACUGUUGGUACAGUUUCUUCCGAUGUAUUACUGUGCAACUUGCUUAUGGUUGGUUCAAAACUGUGUUUUUCUUGCCACGAAUUCGGUAGUAAAGCUGAUCAUGAAUAUGAUUGGUAUAUCACAAAUGCUUGGUUGAUAAAUGAUUCAAGCAUUGCGGGACGCACACCUGGUGUCUUCUUGGGUCUUUACAACUGCUCAGGAAAAGUUCAAAAACUUCAAAAUAGAUUAGGAGUUUUAUGUUUUAGAGAUCACAAUGAGACUGAACAUUUAGUAUUAUUCUUGGCUUCAAAAUGUUUUAUUCGGGGCAAACGAAUAAAUGCCAAACAGAGCCUGUCAACUGUCUUGUCAGAAGAGGAUAUGCUUCUUUUUGAUGCUGUUCCCUGCAUACCUGAGGAGAAUGAAUUUGGUUGUGAUUGGUUUGCCACAUUUGUGUGGCUACAGGGACCUCGACCACAUGACUACAAUACAUCAUCUGCUCCAGGACUCUCUCCGACUAGUUUGCUUUUACAGUAUAAAAUGAUUGCAUCGUGUCCUAGAUCUCUCUUUGUGCGAGGGAAAGGUCAAGUUCUAAAAAUAGUCAAUAACGAAUAUGGAACUGCUCUGAUGAGUGUACAAAAUAAUAGAUGGGACUCUGUACUCUUUCACAGAUCAGUUUGUUACCUUUUUAAAGCAUGUUUGUCAACUCAGGAUUUAAAUGAGCUGCUUUUGGAAGGUGACAAGUUGAGCAUUAUUGCUGUGCCUGCUCCAAAGUCCAUGAUUGCUCAAUGGAUAGCUGUUCAAGUUGCUGUGGCAUCAGAGGUGUCUUUGGAUUUUGAUUCUUAGGUUUUGUAUUCAGAUCGCUGUAUAUAUUGUGCACAGUUUUACUCCUUGUAACUUUUAUUCCAUAAAAUAACUAGGAGUAUUUUUUGUAAAUUUCUGUAAAUAAAUAAUUUUUGUUGAAAGAAAAA